AUGGCGUCGGCAAAACGCGAGCUGCCGCUCUACGACGAUUCCCAAUUGAAAAAACCUAGGGUUUCCGAAUCGGUGCCUUCCUCGUCAUCUGCUCCUGAUUCAAACCUCCGGGUUGUUCUUAAUCCGGCCGAUUGCGAUAUAGAUUUUACUGUCGAAGGAAAUGGUCUACUAGGCUCGGCACUCUAUGAGGAAGGGUUUGCUUAUUGUUGGUCGGGUGCUCGGGCGAAUAUAGGAAUACGAGGGGGGAAAUAUUGCUUUGGUUGCAAGAUAUUAUCAGCUCAACCUGUUCACAUGGAAGACACUCCCCUCGAUUUGCAAAACAUCUGUCGUGUUGGCAUAUCGAGAGGAGAUGAGGAUGUUCGAAAUAUGGGGGAGACUCUCUACAGCUUUGGCUAUGGCGGCACUGGGAAAUUCUCUAAUUCAGGGAGCUUCCUCGAAUACGGUGAAAGAUUUGAAGUCGGUGACACUAUAGUUUGCGCUGUUGACCUGGAAAGCUCCCCCAUGGCUUCUAUUAGCUUCUCGAAAAACGGUAUCUGGUUGGGGGUAGCGAAAUAUUUUGAUGCGGGUCCAAAUGGCUUAGAAGUAGUGGGCUCUCCUGUCAAAAGGCUACACUGGGAAUCAGCUCUUUUCCCACAUGUAUUGCUGAAAAAUGUUGUGGUCCAAUUGCAGUUCACCAUUGCUGACGGUUUGAAUCCGGUAGAAGGCUAUAAACCCUGGGAUGCUGCAGUUACCGAUGGUAAUGCGAUGCUGGGGCCAGAUUUUUCAAAUUUCGAUGAUUGUGAGGUGAUAAUGAUGGUGGGAUUGCCUGCUUCUGGAAAGACUACAUGGGCUGAAAAAUGGGUUAAGGAGCAUCCUGAAAAACGAUAUGUUCUUCUUGGGACGAACCUGGUAUUGGAACAAAUGAAGGUGCCCGGUUUGCUGCGCAAGGGUAAUUACGGCGAACGAUUUGAGCUCUUGAUGGAUCGUGCAUCCAAGAUUUUCAAUACCCUUCUUUCCAGGGCUUCCAAAAUACCUCGAAAUUUCAUUAUUGAUCAAACUAAUGUGUACAAGAGUGCUCGCAAACGCAAACUGAAGCCGUUCGCAGAUUUCGUGAAGAUUGCUGCUGUGGUCUUUCCAAGAGCAGAGGAGCUCAAAUUCCGUGGUGAUAAGAGAUUUCGAGAGAUGGGAAAGGCAGUUCCUGAUGAAGCAGUAAAUGAGAUGUUAGCCAAUUUUAAUCUUCCCACGAGCAAGGACAUGCAUAUGGCUGAUGAGUACUUCGACCAGGUUUGGUUUGUGGAGCUUAGUCGGGACGAGUCCCAGAGAAUCUUGGACGAGAUGAAGAAAGCAAUGCAUGAAAAACCAUGCAUACCUGUCGAUUCACGUGGGAAAAGCUCAGUUCAGUAUUAUACUGGAAUUGGUGAUAGUUAUCAGAGCUCAUAUUCUUCUCAUCAUCUGUCAGCAGCCCCAUAUGAAAGUUACCAUUCUACCCCUACCUACGGAGCACCUAUCAAUACUAAUACUAAUUACGGAGCGCCUAAUACUAAUUACACUGCUGGUGUUUUACCUAAUUCGAGCCGAAUCAAUACUGCCGAUCCCAAUCCAAUAAUAAUGUCUUCACCAUCGUCCAAUGCUGUCAACUAUGGCUAUUAUGCCAAUUCGCCUAGGGGCCCACAUUUUCCAUACGGCUCGGGCGGGACCCCAAUGUCCCGGCCGCCUGUUGGAAGCUUUCCUAGUGACGUGCAGUGUUCGGGGAUUUACCCAUACCCUUAUCCGCAGAGACCUCCGGUGAAUUUACCGAUGAAUGUUGCGCCAAAUUACGGAAGUUACACAAAUGUCGUGCAGCAUGCUGGAAUUUACCACCGCCUUCCGGCUCCUCCCGGCCCGCCUUUGCCUACGGAUGUACAGCAUUCGGGAUACUAUCAUCCCUAUCCACAUCCUUACUAA